AUGGUAUUGUUGUCUAAUUGCAGGUGUAUAAAGCAGUUAGCUUGGUUAGUAGCCAUCAGCCAAAGUCUCUUGAUUGUGGCAACCCGCAAACAUUAUACGGUCGACGUAGUUGUCGCAUGGUAUACUGUUAAUUUAGUGGUAUUAUUCAUGGACAAGAAACUGCCAGAAUUGCGUGACAGAACCAGUGGAAAUUUACCAAUGUUGCUACCCUUGAGCACCAAAGACAAGGAUAGUAAGACCAAAGAAGAGAACCAGAAGCUCUUGAAUGGGAAUUCCAUAGACUCUGCAGAUUGGAGGCCGAGAACUCAAGUUAAUGGCCAGGUUCUGGAAGAUGCAAACGGAAUCCAUGUCGAUACUGCGAUGAAUGGUGCAUAGAUGAUGGAAGCUGCUUUUUAUCAUUGUAACUGUGCUGCUCGAAUCCAUCUGAUCUUGGAAGAAAGGCUAAGCCUUUUCCAGUACUGGUAAUUUGAUUUGUAUUCUUAAGAAAGCAGAAAUGAGUAGUGCACUUGUACAUUGUGCUUUCCUUCCCUGUCUUGAUUAAAGUCAUCAGCCAUCAUCAUCAGCAUCCUACAUAUAUCAUGGAAUUUUCAUAGUUCCGAUUGCCACUGUGAUUCUCUUUCU